AGAAAACUACACUCAACUAGGCGAAAGUGCCAUCACUAUAAAAAUCGAUAACAGCUAUCCAAAGAAUGAAAAAACCAGCGUAAUAAACGUUUUAAGUGCAUCAGUGUGGAUACUCCUUAAAAACUGCUGAGCGUGCAACAAUUGGCAAGCGAGCCAUGGUUAUCUGUGCUGCUGCCGUGCCACCGGAGACGAGGCAGCAUAAUAAGGAGGUGAAAGAAUCCCCCGAACUAAUCGAUGACCUCGGUGGCCCUGGCCAAGGAGAGGGCGACAAGGCAACAGGAGACAACGAUCGCGAGGAGGGUGAGAUUAUGGACGAGUACGAGCUAAUCAUAUCAUCCGAGGACGAGGAGUUUAAGCUGCGCGCCCGCAUCCAGCAGCUGGAGGAGAACAACAAGGAUGUGGAACGGAUGGACAUGCUCUCCGCCAAUUUGGCGCAUCAUUACAGUUACCCCAAGCCAUUGGAGCGUUUUCAACGACGACCGCCAAAAUCGCCCGUCCAUGUGCUCUCCGAUGUCUCCAGUCUGUCGGAGAAUGAGUUGGACGCCCAGCGCAAGGUCAUUAAGCAGAAGCUGCGUCGCAUGGACUUGGCCAAACGGUAUGGGUCGGGGAUGCACACCGAAAACCGCAAGAGUGCGGCCAGUAGGCGCUACAAGCAUACGUUGCCUCCGCGACGACGUCCUACCUACCCCCCUCAGAAUUUUCACCUGCCGCGCCAAUACCAUUCGAAUUCGCCGAGUUCGCCGCCCCAUCAUCAGGAUUCCAUUCUAGUAGAGUCGCUGGACAGCGUUACCGACGACGAGCUGCACGAGUACGACGAGGACGAUGAGAACGAGGAUGUUUUGGACUUGGAGAGAUUGAAGCUGAGCCGGGACAAGUUACGAGUGGCCCUGGCGCAGGAGGAGCGCCGGGAAAUGUACAAAAACAGUCUGCGCGACCGACUACAGUGUCGCCUGCGUAAGUCGCCCAGUCCCAAGUUCACAAAUGAGUUCCAACCGCUCCCCCAAAAUGAACUACCUUUGCCACAAAUGCCACAACACAUUUCCGACACCGAGGAAAACACAACGGAGCAGGCGACUGCAGGGAAAGACGAAGAUCCUGCCGAACUGAAGCUGAGACUAAUCGCCCUGAAGUCAGCGAUGUUGAAGAAACAUUUUGCGCGAAAAAAACGCGAUGCGGAGCGGGCCUACUCGCCCACCGAUAUGAUCAAUCGGGUGCAUCCUUCCAUAUCCAACGUGGACGACAUCGACGACCUCAUGGAGAUAAGUCCGGCCGCAUCCCCAGAACGGGAGCAAACUCCGCCGCGAUAUUCAUUAGCGGAUGUGGAGGACACCAAGCCCGUGGAUAUGGACCUGGCCGAAACGGACAGCGAUGACCAGCAUAGGGAUUAUGGGGGCUGGAAUAUGUGGGGGAACAAUUGGAACAGCUUAGAAACGGCUGGAGGCAGUUGGCGGUGCUUUAUGCCCAACUCCCUGCCACCGGUGUCCAUGCCCAUUGUGAUAGAUGAGGACGAUGAAGAGGAUAUCAGGACGCAUGAUCAGGGAGGCAGGCUGGAAAAUGUCAUAUUUGACGAUGACGAAGAGCCGCCUCCACCGCCGCCAUUUCACAUUCCACAAAUGCAUCUGGAGGACGAGGAUGCGCAAGAUGCCAUGCAUCUGGUCGAUCACCAUUCCAACCACAGCUACAUCACGGACAUGCAAUCCGUUUCCAUGGAGAACUCACAGACGCGAAUGCGAUCACAUAGCGAGUCCAGUGACGACGAAGCUGGUGCUUUGCGGGCCAUGCUGCUCUCAAACUUGCGUCCCAUAAAACCGCCUCCACCUCCGCCACCCCCGCAAGAGUGCCCACCCUCUCCGCCACCCGAGGACUUGGGUCCACUUCACCCAUGCAUUGAUCUACUUAGGGAGGAGUCGAACGCCAGCCACGAUUCGGAUGAUCCGGAGGAGCUGCGUUCUCUUCUUCUCUCUAGCUUAGCAACAAAGAAAACUGCGAAGCCAUGUCGAAAUGCCAAUCAUGGCUUACCCGAGAUACUCAAGAAUGCUGUGAAGCGCUUCCAAGCCAGCGUCUUUCCCUCCGUAGAAGUGCUCGAACCGGCGCGGGAUCAGUAUCCCAUCCGUCGUGAGUUAAAUGAACCAGAAAAAGUUCAAAUUGGAACUGUUCCGGAACCACAGACAGCUCCAAUCCCAGCACCCCUUGCCGAACCUGUCGAAAUCCCACAGCCGGUAGAGAAUCGAACUAAAAGUCAAACCUUCCCUUCUUCCAAAAUCAUCAAAAUCGUCAAGCCCAACAAGGUGAUUAACAAAAAGACAACGACUAAGCGGAAAAUACCAGUUGAUGAGGGUUCCGCCACAUCUUUGAGUAUAAAGCGUCCGUCAACGUUGAUGAUCAAGGAGCCUAACGCUCCGCUUCAUAGUCGUUCGUCAAGUACGUCCAGCACCCGUCUUAUUACGACCGUAGAUCCAGCCACUAUUAGGGUGAAAAAGUUGGUCAUCAGUUUGGGCGAAGAAUCGGCAGCCAGCGACGACGAAUUGGAGCUGAACUCGUCCAGUGCCUACAUCAGUUACGCGGACAUCGCUAGUCCCCUGAGCCUGGCCAUGGGCAGUGCUAGUGGAUCGACCACCCGAUCAAAUACUCCCACGACCGAGAUUGCAGAUACGAAUCCCGCACCGAACAGCAACCUCAGGCGAACUGUCAUUAACGAUUAUUUUGAGAAAAAGAUUGACGAUUUCCUGAAACAAGCCCGAUCAAAGGCGCCUGUGACAAGUUCGCCAGAAAACAGUUCGCCUGUUGAGAAAGUGCCAGAGAAGCCGAAGGUUGCCGAGAAACGGCCAGUGACUCAGCCUCCUAAAAUCCUGCCUAUAAAGAUUUCUCCAGGAGCUGUGAGACACUUGCCAGUGGCUUCUCAGAAGGAGUACCUGCGACUGAUCGAGCGCAUGCAAAUGCUGGAGAAGAAGAAACAAUUGGCCACCAAAACCACACCCUCAGGUGUCACGAGCAAAGCUAGUACGAUGGUUAAGAAAUUGCCAGCCAAGAAUCCGUCACAAACCGGUGCAUCCUCUAAAGUAGGGCCGAAACCAGUCAGGUCCGCUGUUAAAGAUAGUAUCAAGUCUGUGGCAGCCACGGAGACUGCCAAAGAUAAACCUCCAGCUGCUAAAAUCCCAAAGCCUAAUCCCAAAAUAAAUCUGCCACCGAAGGAGAGCCGGCUAAAGGCAUUCGAGAAUUCGUUUAAGAAAAUAGGGGGCAGCAUGAUAACCAAUCUGGAGAAGUCACUGCAACUGGUGGAGGAGGCGAAGAAGUCGAAGGUGAUACGUCUGCAGUGUUCGCAGCGUCUGAAGGAAUUGUACGCGGAAAUGCAAUCUGUGAAGCAGGCUGUCAAGCAGGAGGAAUUGAAGUUGUCUAGGAUUCAGCCAGAGAUUCAGGCCAGCCACGAGAUAAUCAUGUCUCUGAAACAGAAACGCCAUAAACUCUACACGGCGGCCAUGGACCUGGGCCGAGGAUUAAGGGGCGAUGACUACAGGUUGAUCGACGAGGGCAAGCCGACUAUCACCCAAAAAUCCACGCUACUCACCAAGGAGAUACGUCUCUACAAUUCCAUCGCGAAGUACGAUGACCUGAAAAAACUAACUGCUGUGGAGGAUAGCCAACCAAAAUCUGUGAUAGAACAGGAGGGAACCACUCCCACUCCCACGCCCCAAGCUCAGGAGCCUCCCGGAGAAAGGCCAAUGGAAUUGGAGGAGCCAGAAGCAUCGGAUGCAAAUCGAUCUAGCAUAGAACCGGAAACGAUGCCUCUAGAUAAUCAGGCGCAGUGCCAGCCGAGUGAAGCCGAGGCGGUCGCCCAGACGGGGCCCUUCACUGUGACCACGAUGCGGGAGCUGAGGGAGCACACGGCUAAAGGGGUGGGAUGGCCCAGGGACCAAUAUUUCUUAGCCUACCAAACGCCCAUGUCCCGUAACUACAACAGUGACCUUGAUGUCCACGCCACUAUUUGUCCCUUCGAUCUGAUGGGACGCUGCGAGGAUGCGGACUGCUCCUACCUGCAUUUAGCUCGCCCCGAUGGCCACUCGGCCAUCGGCGAGCAUGAGCUGCCAAAGUCAAACCUCACUAUUAAUAACUAACAAAAGAAAAACACUCACAUAACCACUAAAAGCAAACAUAAUCUUAAAAAAAAAUAGCGUGCUUGAAUUCUGGUAAGUUGAACUCUUCACGCGACUUAAUAUUUAAAUGUUGCUUUCAGUCAACGUUAAAAUCAAAAGAAAAAAAAACAAAAAAGAACAAAUUGAAAUUAAAAUCCCUACAAAUCAAAUGCUAAGCAAACCGAAGAGAGGAUGAUCCGAUGGCGCCCCAACGAGUGCAAAAAACACAAAAAAAAAGAACAAAGAUUUACAAAAAAAACCA